AUGGCGGCCUCCACGGGUGCUGCGAGCGAUGCUUCCUCCGACUUACAAGCUUCUGCUUCGAGUAUGGCCAGUCCUACGAUUCAGUACAGCAUGGUUCUGGACCAUCUUAUCGGGGACAAAAGGCCAAUUAAGGACCUGAGCCCCGGUGUUAUGGGGGGACUGCCAGUGCCCCCAAAAAGCGACGAGCAGAAGAUGAUAGAGAGGGGAAUGGAGAGCUGCGCCUUCAAGUCUGUGCUGGCCUGUGUGGGAGGGUUUGUCCUUGGAGGAGCUUUUGGUGUUUUCACAGCUGGUAUUGAUACCAACGUUGGCUUUGACCCCAAAGAUCCUCUCAGAACCCCAACAGCACGAGAAGUCCUCAAAGACAUGGGCCAGAGGGGGAUGUCAUACGCCAAAAACUUUGCCAUUGUUGGGGCUAUGUUCUCCUGCACAGAGUGCAUCAUAGAAUCACACAGAGGGAAAUCUGACUGGAAGAAUGCAGUUUACAGUGGCUGUCUUACUGGAGGAGCCAUUGGAUUUCGUGCUGGUCUGAAGGCUGGAGUGUUGGGAUGUGGAGGCUUUGCUGCAUUCUCCGCUGCCAUAGAAUACUAUUUGCGAUGAACUACAAAAAGUGUCUCCAUGGACAAGGACUUUAUCACCACACUUCUGGACAAGGCGGUUCAAGAUUAUGAAUGGAUUGAUGCAAAAGCAGGAACCUUUGCAUUUGGUGGAAGAUAGAGGUGUCAAGAGAUAACGAAGCAGGCUGACUGAACCUGAUAGUUUCACAGGGGUCUCACUGUAAUUUGUCUUAUGGCUGUUAAGCAAACUUAACUACAUCAUAGAAAAUUUCAAGACAUUGAAGACUGGCUCUGCUUCUUCGUAGAAGGGGCAGUUAAGACAUGUUGAGAAAAUUUAAUUUGUUUUAAAAGGGAUUACUGUUCUAGGGAACAGAUGCCCCAACCAUACUGUUAAACUGCUAUUCUUGUGUAAGAACCUUGGUUAUUAUGUGUCAAUAGCUCAUCAAAACUGAAAUUAUUUAUAUUAAAGAAUGUUUUAUUAA